UUUGGGUAUUUACAGGAGAUCUCCACAGCCGCAUGCAGUCGUCCAGGAGCCCACGACCUACACAAGGGUGUCAAACCAAAGAAGAAAGCCAUGAUGGCGCCCUUGUCACUGUCCUUUUCGACUCUUUUAAAGCAUAAAGACAGUCUGCACAAGCUGACUAGUUUCUGCAAUGCCUUACAGACGCAGGAUUUCGGCAGCCGAUUGUUGAGGGCUCGUGUAUGGAAACGGAAUUUCGCCGCCUUGUCCCAUGGAGUCGGGCAACUACUGGCACAACAACCCAGUGCCAAAAAUUACGCAGCAUCAGCGUGGAUCGGCUCUUCAAGUGGCCAAGAUAUAACCAAGUGGCUAUGGUCUGUUUACAGUGACACCAAAAAGCAGACUGAAGACUUGAUCCCAGUCAUUUGUACAAACUCCGUCAACCCUGACACCAUCUUUGCCAACAAUGAGAUGAACCUCGGGGAUAUAGAGAUCUACGGUUUUGACUAUGACUACACCCUGGCAUUCUACUCCAGCCAGCUGCACACCCUUAUCUUCAACAUAGCACGGGAUAUUCUCAUCACAGAGCACAGGUAUCCAGAGGGCCUGCGAGAGUACGAGUACAUCCCUAAUUUCGCUGUGAGAGGACUUCACUAUGAUGUUCAGAAGGCACUUCUGAUGAAAAUAGAUGCUUUUCACUACAUCCAGUUGGGCACUGUAUACAGGGGUCUUCAUCCAGUUCCUGACGAGGAAGUAAUUGCAAUGUAUGAGGGUUCCCAUGUCCCUCUGGAGAUCAUGAGUGACUUCUAUGGCAAGAGUUCCCAUGGCCACACCAUGAAACAGUACAUGGACAUCUUCUCCCUACCUGAGAUGACACUCCUAUCCUGUGUUAAUGAUUUUUUCAUGAGGCACAACAUUGAUUAUGAGCCUGUCCAUCUCUACAAAGAUGUCAAGGAAGCCAUAGGAGAUGUUCAUGUCAAGGGCAUUAUGUACCGCGCCGUGGAAGCAGAUAUUGAGAAAUAUAUUUGCUAUGGUGAGCAAAGCCACGCUGUGCUGAAGAAGCUGUCUGAGAAUGGAAAAAAGAUGUUCCUCAUUACCAAUAGUCCAUUUGACUUUGUGGACCGAGGAAUGAAUUACAUUGUAGGGAAGGACUGGAGGGACCUGUUUGAUGUUGUUAUUGUGCAGGCCGACAAACCUGGUUUCUUCAAUGACAGGAGAAAACCUUUCAGACGAGUGACAGACAAAGGUGUGCUGCUGUGGGACAGGAUUCACAGGCUGGAAAAGGGGCAGAUCUACAAACAGGGAAACCUCUAUGAGUUCCUGAGACUCACUGGGUGGAGGGGGUCCAAAGUGCUCUACUUUGGAGAUCACAUCUACAGUGACCUGGCUGAUCUGACUCUGAAGCACGGCUGGAGGACAGGAGCCAUCAUUCCUGAGCUGAGGAAGGAGAUCAAGAUCAUGAACACAGAGCAAUACGUCCACUUGAUGACCUGGUUACAGGCGCUGACUGGCCUCAUCGAGCACAUGCAGGUAUACAGGGAUCCAGCAUCUCAAGCUGUUGUCCAGGAGUGGAUCAAAGAAAGAGAAACCAUGAGGUCGCAGACCAAAGACAUCUUCAAUGCUCAGUUUGGGAGUCUCUUUCGAACAUACCACAACCCUACUUACUUCUCACGCCGACUCUCCCGCUUUGCUGACAUCUACAUGGCCUCCAUUAGCUGCCUGCUCAACUAUGACUUCCAGCACACCUUUUUCCCCCGCCGUACUCCUCUGCAGCAUGAGUCCACCUUCUGGCCUGAGCAGAGCCCUGUGGCCACCAUGAACAUCUCCUCCGAGCCCCACAGAACCAAAGCAGACUCAGAUUAGAGAGAGGGAGCAACAACUUGAAGAUAAAAGGAAGAGUUGAAAAACCUCAGAUUUUUGGAUUUUCACUUGACAUGCUGUAGACGCGAGGUAUGAAUACUGGCAUUUCAGAAGAGGCGUGCUGCUUUUUUUUUUCAUUUGUGCUUAACGAAUGUUUUGCAUUCGUUAUUCAUUCAUGUAGACUUGAAUAUGGAAAUGCAGGUGUACUGCAUCUCAUUGUUCAUAAUUUGCUCAUGAAGCUUUCAGUUCAUUAUCUGCCAUAGUUCUUUUCAACAAAAAAAACCUGGAAUGUUUUCAGUCUGUUAUAGGAACAAGUGCGCCUUAAGCUAAAAUGACCAUGUUGAAUUUUUCCUUCAAAUCAUGGCCACCAGUAUGUACUUGAGACUUUUAUGUACGCAGAUAGGACAUGGAACUUUGACGGCACUGAUGGUUCUGUCUGUGUCUUUUAGAGUGUUUGGUAGAGAAAGCAAAACGGUGUAUUUGUACAAAGAUGAUAGCAUUUAUUUAAAAACUAGUGGGCAUGCACACAUUGAGUAUGAGUGAUUAAUUUUUUGGAUGUACCAUUUUUUUUUUUUAGAUGACUUUUGCCUUUUUCAUGUAUUUGUAAAGCUGUAAGUGACUACUGUUGAGGUGGGAAGGAGGAGCUCGGGCCUUCAUCACCACUUUGCGUGUUUAGCUUGCAAUUAAAUGAAAAAUUUCCAUUAUAAA